CCAAACUAUCGUUGCUGGAUAUUGGGUUCAUUUUCACUAAGGCGGUUGUUCCGAGCUUCUCCGCCAAAGUCAUUGAUUAUUAUCCGCAACUAUACUCUAGCAAAGGGUAUAUUUCAUGAUACUUAAUUGUGCAUCGCUCUUCCCUGUUAAUUCAAGAAACAAUAGCAUUCACCUUUUAUUUCAACGUUUGGAAGUGGUUUACCCUUCGCGCAAUUUGUAGGAAUUUAAUGGAGAUAUUUAUCAAAAAAUCGUUUUGUAGCUUAGUGCUACUUAAUAUUUUAUCAUUGUGCUACUGCCUAGACAAUGGCUUAGCACUAAGUCCACCCAUGGGAUGGCUAGCAUGGCAGAGAUUUAGAUGCAACACUGACUGUGAAAAUGACCCAAAGCAUUGUAUCAGUGAGAGAUUAUUUAUGGAGAUGGCUGAUCUUAUGGUCUCAGAGGGCUAUGUUAAAGCUGGUUAUAACUUAAUCAGUUUGGAUGACUGCUGGUUGGAUAAGAAAAGAGGUUCCGAUGGGAGGCUGAGACCUGAUCCUCUCCGGUUUCCGAGCGGCAUUCGCGCACUGUCCAAUUAUAUACAUUCUCGUGGAUUGAAAUUCGGAAUUUACGAAGAUUACGGCAACUACACUUGCGCCGGCUAUCCGGGUAUAUUAAACCACAUGGAAUUGGAUGCUCAGACAUUUGCAGACUGGCAAGUUGAUUAUGUUAAAUUAGAUGGGUGCUAUUCCUUUCCAUCUCAAAUGGAUAAAGGGUAUCCUGAAUUUGGAUAUUUCCUAAAUCGAACUGAACGUCCGAUGAUAUAUUCAUGUUCCUGGCCAUUCUAUCAAUUGAUAAACAAAAUGGAGCCCGAUUAUAAAACCAUCAGUAAUAUCUGUCACCUGUGGCGUAACUUCGAAGAUAUUCAGGAUUCCUGGCAAAGCGUUACUUCUAUUAUUGAUUAUUACGGAGAUAACCAAGAAACGUUGAUUCCUCUCGCCGGACCUGGACAUUGGAAUGACCCGGACAUGUUGAUUAUUGGAAACUUUGGUUUGAGUUACGAACAGAGCCGCGCUCAGAUGUGCAUGUGGGCCAUCAUGGCUUCUCCGCUACUGAUGUCAGUCGAUUUAAGAACCAUACGCCCUGAAUUCAAAGCGAUCUUGCAAAACAGUGAAAUUAUCGCUGUAAAUCAGGACCCGUUGGGAGUCCAAGGACGAAGAAUUUACAAAAAGCAGGGCGUGGAAAUCUGGACCAAACCAGUAUUACCAAUGAACGGGAAAAAAUUUUCGUGGGCCGUGGUCGUCCUUAAUCGACGUGUAGAUGGUACACCGUCGCAAGUAACUGUUCCGUUACGUGAAUUAGGUUUAGAUUCAGAGGAGGGCUACCACGUUCGCGAACUCAACGACCACAAAGACAUCGGUUUUCUCUCAAAAGAUCAGGCAAUACGUGUUGACGUCAAUCCUUCAGGUGUCGUCAUGCUUAAGUGCACUAUCCAACGAGUGCCUCCGUUCAGCCCCUAAUGGGAUGACUGUAUUUAAAAUCCAUCCUGUGGAAAGCCUGGAGCUGCCUCAUUUUUUUUUCGUUUGUUAUCGGUUGUUUUACAAGAAAAUAAAAUAUUAUUGUGUUUUGA